AUGUCGAAAGAGCAAGAAUACAGUCCGCUCAUGGCCGAGGACGGCGAAACCGAGCCAUCCCUCUCCAGUCCACAGAGGAAGGGUAUUGUGGCGCGUUGCACUUCGAAACUCACCCGAGGCGUGCUGGGAGUCAUCAUCGCCAUUGAGACGAUCGCUCUCAUCGUUGCUCUCGUAACUUUGAGCACUAAGCGUCACCGACCAACGUGCUUCGUCACCCCUACCCCCCAACAAGUCCUCUAUUCUCCUGCGCUGGAUGCUAUAGAACACGAAGUUCGUGUCUACAAUGUUGGCUUCACAGGCGAUCUCUCCCCCUUCCAAAUUCCUUCCUCCGUCAAGCUCGACCAAAUGUGGAGCGACCUCUAUAACUUUGGUAUCUCGAGAAUCACGAAGGAAGAAGCGGCUCAACUCCCAAAUAAGACCCAUGCUAUACCCGGGGACCCAGGACACUACAUUGCUGAGCUCGACGUCUUCCACAACUUGCACUGCCUGAACAAAGUGCGAAUGGCCCUCGAUCCGGAUUACUACCCAGAGUGGCGUAUUUCGACGACUAACAACUGGAUCGAGGAGCAAAAGAACGCGACAGAGCAUGUUCACCAUUGCAUCGACUGGAUUCGUCAGUCUAUCAUGUGUGCAGCGGAUACGAGUGUUAUUGUCUGGCAAUGGAAGAACUGGGCCAACGCAAGCCUCGUUCAAGGCAAUGUCGCGCACACCUGUCGCAAGUUCGAUAAGAUACAGGACUGGGCGAAGGACAGAAUGCUGCUCAAGACUUUUGACCCAACUGUGAGGAUCGAGGACGACAUCGUAGUUCCAAUCUUCCACUCCGAUAUGUCUUAG